AAUACGAGCGAGACGAGACGAGACGUGUAUUUCAAUGCUCCGUCGAAUAAUUGGUCAGUUACAAAGAAAUUAUAGAAGGAGUUGUUACGUACGAACGAACAAGUGAAAUUACUUUCUGCUUUGAAUUGUUGCUUUGUUUAGGCAACAAAUCACGAAAUUGCAUCGAAAAAUGUUUAAUGUUGACAAAAUUAAUACCAUGGCGAAGAAGGUGAAUCCCGAUAUCGCCAAGGAACGGAAAAAGUGCACUUUCGACGUUGAGGAAAUGGCCUGUUGGUGGAAUAAUGGCGCUCAAAAGCUCAAGGAGAAACGCGAAAGAGAACAAUUUUUCUUGAAUGAUCCGGAGUUGAAUGACAAAGUGCCGUAUUAUUUCAAGUCACAUACCGAAAAAUACGAAGAAAGUGUGAGAAAAGCUGUCGUUAUUUGCAGAAAAAUCAAAGAGUUGCAAGAUCAAGGCAAAGAUGGUGUUGACAAUUACAUGGCUCUUUUGGGAGGUCUUCUUGGCUCCGGUCUCAUCGAAGAAGGAAAUCCGUUGAGUGUUCAUUAUGUCAUGUUCCUUCCGGCACUCAUGGGACACGGAACAACGAUGCAACAAGCCGAAUGGAUGAGCAAAGCAUGGACUUGUCAGAUAGUAGGAACGUAUGCGCAAACCGAACUCGGGCACGGAACCUUCAUUCGAGGCUUGGAAACGACAGCAACGUACGAUCCAGCGACAAAAGAGUUCGUUUUGAACAGUCCGACGCUCACAUCGCUCAAAUGGUGGCCCGGAGGCUUGGGACAUACCGCAAAUUAUUGCAUUGUCAUCGCCCAGCUGUGGAGCAAAGGAAAAUGUCACGGAAUUCAUCCCUUUAUUGUGCAGCUGCGCGACGAGGAAACGCACAUGCCGCUGCCCGGCAUCCAAAUUGGCGAAAUUGGAGCAAAAUUGGGCUUCAAUACCGUCAAUAACGGCUAUUUGGGGUUCAAAAAUGUGCGGAUACCACGCGAACAGAUGCUCAUGAAGAACGCCAAAAUUACCGAGGAUGGUGAAUUCAUCAAACCAAAAGCCUCCGUCCUGACCUACGGAACAAUGAUGUUUGUGCGUGUCGUCAUCAUCCGCGACAUGGCUUCAUACCUUUCGAAGGCAGUAACUAUCGCAAUUCGCUAUUCCUGCGUUCGUCGUCAGAGUCAAAUCAACCCCAAAGAGCCCGAAAUUCAAAUUAUCGACCAUGUCACGCAACAAAAUAAACUUUUCGUACCUUUAGCGAGCGUCAUGGCAUUCAAAGUUGCCUCAGAUUAUCUAUGGGAUUUGUACAAUCAAGUAACGCACGAAUUGGAGGGCGGAAAUCUAGAUCGUUUGCCGGAACUUCAUGCGAUUGCGUGUUGUUUGAAGGCUGUUUGCACCGCAGAUACCGCAAAAUACGUCGAGGCGUGUCGUUUGGCAUGCGGCGGGCACGGGUACUUGCAUUGUUCGGGCUUUCCAGCGACAUAUGCGAUGGUGACAGCUGCGAGCACAUAUGAAGGCGAAAACACCGUUUUAUUGCUGCAAACCGCCCGUUAUUUGGUUAAAAUGUGGAGCGAGGCCCUAAAUGGGCGUGCACUUGUACCAACAGUCGCUUAUCUCGAACACGCCGUCAAAAAUAACGGACAAAAAGUGAAAUGGGAUCAAAGUUUCGCCGGAAUGAUCGCCGCGUUGCAGGGAAUUGCUGCGGGAAAACUCAAAAACGUCUUCGGCAAAGUCGAGGUUUGGAAAUCGCGUGGUUUGACGCAGGAAGAGGCAGCGAAUAAAUGUUCAAUUGAACUCGCAUCGACCGCAGAUGCCCAUUGUCGCGCAUUUUUGGUGCAAUCGAGCUAUGUGAUGAUCAAUCAAGCAUGUCGCGAUGUCUCUCCCGCACUCGGGGACGUGCUGAAACACAUAAUUGAGCUAUUUGCCGUUGAUACGUGCAUUAAAUCGCUCGCUGAUUUACAAAGAUACACAACCAUCACGGAAACGGAUAUCAACAACCUUCAAACGACAUUGGAGAACUUGCUGGCAAAGAUUCGACCCAAUGCCGUGAGCAUCGUCGAUGGUUUCGACAUCCCCGAUAAAGUUCUGGGCUCCGCGCUGGGCGUUUACGACGGAAAUGUCUACGAAAAACUCUUCGAAGAGGCCCAAAAAAGCCCGAUGAACCAAGAACCUGUCAACAAAUCAUUCCAUUUGUAUCUAAAACCGUUCAUGAAGUCAAAUCUUUGAGGAAUUAACGAAAUUUUUACAUGUACUUUACACGAAAAAAAUAUUUUUAAGCCAAUUUUAGGGGGGAACGGGGCAAUAUUCUGUGAUUAGCGUUAAAAUAAGGCACGUUGGACGUGCUUCAUUGACAUUAUCAAUGCAAAAAAAUCGGUGAAUGGGUAAAAUUUUAAUAAAAAUAGACAAUUUUUACUUAUUUUUACUUGUC